AUGAGGCCAGCUAGCAUCCGUUUUUGUCAGGAUAGCAUCCUAUCUGAGUUCAGGAAUGGCAUCCCGCUGGAGGAUGUCAUUGAUGAGCUUUUAAGAGGAGAACUCUUCGUUGAAGACUUUCCACCCAUCAGAGUGUUCCUUCGGGAUGGCACUGACAUUGACGGUGAGAUUCAGGGUGACAUCAAUUUGAGCACAGACACGUACAGCUUGGACAAUCGACGGCUGUUCGUCUUCCAGAAAUUUGCAGAGCGAUCAUAUGAUGAGGUCACCAUUCCAGUCGUGUGGAUUGAUCUUGCAGACGUCGAUGAAGACAAGCUUACAACUGACUGCGAUGGUGAGGAGAUCCGUGUGCGAGGCUUGCCACGUUGA